AUGGCAGUCGACAGCACCACCAAGUCUGGUCCAGUCCACCUCAAACACGACUAUGAAUUCUUUGGACCUCCCGGUGCCACAGUCUUGACUUUUGGUCUUCCUAUUCUCAUCUACGCCAGUCUUCUCUUCUGCAAUGAUGUCUCGGGAUGUCCUGUCCCAGCUCUCCUCGAUCCUCAGAACCUCACAUGGGGCAAACUCCUCUCGCAGACACAGCUGGCUGCGACAGGAUUGCCAGGCUUAUUCGACCUGAACGUCUUUGGCUGGGUUUGUGCAUACUAUGGGCUUCUCGUCGUCUUACAGCUCGUCCUCCCGGGAGAGGAGGUUGAGGGCACAGUUCUGAACACUGGAGGACGCCUCCACUACAAGUUCAACACUUUCAACACGGCCAUUCUCAUCUUUGCUGGUUUGGCUGCCGGUACAGCUGUUUAUGGUGUUGACUUUGUUGUCUGGACCUAUUGCUGGGACCAUCUGGUACAAAUCCAAACCGGCGCUCUGAUCAUCUGCACGGUUCAAGCCAUCUACGUCUAUUUGGCCUCCUUUACCAUCCCACAUCCCGGCCAGCCCAAUCCAGAACAUCGAGAAAUCGCCCUGGGUUAUUCAGGCAACAUCAUCUACGACUUCUUCAUUGGUCGUGAGAAGAACCCCCGCAUCACCAUUCCCUCGUCUAUCCCCGUGAUUGGAGGUCAAGUCAUCGACAUCAAACUCUUCAACGAAAUGCGCCCUGGUCUCAUCGGCUACUGCAUUCUGGACUUGGCCUUCAUAGCCCAUCAAUACAAAGUCCACGGUUAUAUCACGGACUCCAUCCUCCUCAUCACCACCUUCCAAAUGUUCUACGUCCUUGACGGUCUUUAUAUGGAACCCGCCAUCCUCACCACCAUCGACUGCAUUCAAGAUGGGUUCGGCUUCAUGCUAUCCUUCGGAGACAUAGCCUGGCUGCCCGCUCUAUACAGUAUUCAAACUCGCUAUCUGGCCGUUCACCCCGUCAGCCUUGGUCUACAAGGCAUUGCUGGCGUCCUCGCCAUCCAAGGAAUCGGAUACUACAUCUUCCGCUCCGCCAACAACGAGAAGAACCGCUUCCGAACCGAUCCCACCGAUCCACGCGUCGCACACCUGGAUUCAAUCUCCACCGAGACCGGAUCGAAACUCCUGACGUCCGGCUGGUGGGGUCGCGCCCGCCACAUCAAUUAUCUCGGCGACUGGAUCAUGGCCUUCAGCUAUUGCCUGCCCACUGGCAUUGCCGGAUAUCUGAUUGAGAAUUACCAAAACCCGGUUACUGGAAACGUCACCAGUGUCCUCAAUCCAGGUCCUGCUCGUGGCUGGGGUAUGGUAUUCACGUACUUCUAUAUCAUCUAUUUCGGUGUUCUUUUGGUGCAUCGUGAACGCCGUGACGAGGAGAAGUGCCGCAAGAAGUACGGCAAGGAUUGGGAGCGUUAUUGCAAGAUCGUCCCUUAUAGGAUUAUCCCUUAUGUCUAUUAA